AUGAAUUUUAAAUGUAUUUAUUGUUUAGAUGAAACUUUAAUUCAUACGUUGAAAGACCAAAUUUCAUCACUUGUUAUCGACAGUAGUACAAAUGAAAUCCAAUGUUUACUAGCAGAUAAUAAUACAAUUAUGUGUACGUAUAUCUUUACUACGUUUACUAAUUUACAAUUUUUAAAUUUUAGUGCAUUGUUAUUGUAUCAUCAACGAUUAUCAUUUUCCACUUCACAUCUAACUAUUAUCUCUACAAAUCUAUUAAAAUUACAUGUCUAUUUGGCGACUUUUAAUGAUUGUCUUUAUUUACUUGAUGGUUGUUUCAAUCAACUUCAUACGCUUUCUGCUAAUAUUUCUUUCAUUGUCUCUUCAAGUCUAACAAUCAAUAAUACGGAAAAACUACCUACUUUAAAAUGCUUUUCUCUGCAGUGCGAUAUUAAAACAUGUGAUUAUGAUGAAUUAAUUUUACUACUUCUACAUCGAAUGCUCUAUUUAGAAAAACUUAAUUUGUGUCUGAUAGUUAAUAGAAGAAAAACAUUUUUUGAUGGUAAUGAUUUGAAGAGAAAUAUUAUUAAUCAUAUGUCACGAUUAAACAAAUUCACGUUUAAUAUUCAUUCAUCAAGUUGUUUUUAUGAUCAAAUUAAUUUACCAUCGAAUGAAAAUAUUCAAAAGACAUUUAGAGAUUUUAACAACAAAAUUGUCUAUUGUGUUGAUUAUUUUCCAAAAGCAAAUUAUGAUCAAUGUCAUAUUUAUUCAUAUCCAUAUAAACUGAACUAUUACGAUAAUAUAACAAAUAAUUUUUCAGGUAGAAUAUUUACAUGCGUUCGUAAAGUGUCACUAUUUGACGAACAUCUUUUUGAACAUGAAUUUUUUCUUCGAAUUACUCAAUCAUUUCCAUUGAUAGAAGAGUUAACUGUAAAUAAUCAAAGAAAUGACAAAUUAAUAAACGAUUUAGAAAAUCAAAGAAUGAUCAUCAAGAUUUACCAAUCAUUAAAUAUCCUUAUCUGAAAGAGCUUAAUCUUACUGAUACUUGCAAAGAUUAUUAUGAACAGUUCUUACUCGAUACCAAAACGUGUUUACCAGUUGGCGUUAGUGUUUAUAUGGAUUAUAAACUAUUGAAAAAAGUGACAUGCAAUUUUCGAAGAAACACAUCACGAAGUAAUUGUGCGAAGCUGAAAUACGUAUGUUUACAUCGAAAACUAGAGUUUCCUGGAUAUUCAAACAACUUUGUUCCUAGAAAAAUACCACUUCAUUAGCAUGUAAAAGGCUAUUUUCCUCAUGCAGAAGUAGACUGAUCAUUAACAAUUUAUUAUUUAUAUAAAACAUGAAAAAAAGCAGAUUGGUUUAAAUAGAAUCAAAUCAUUGAAACAGAGAUAGAAGUAAUUAAGAAUAAUGGUUGAAAAUAAGUAUUGCAUGGCACAUUGUUACAAAUGAAAAUAUGCUAUCCGUCUGUGUAUAUACUUCAGAAAAAGAUUAAAAUGAAAUAAUAAUUAAAAAGCAAAUAUGUCGUAAACAAAUAGUAUAGAAAGAAUUUUUUGUCAAAAUAAUAUUAACAGUAGAACAAGCAACCGUAACCUAUUUUUAGAAACGAAUAGUUUGUGCAAUUAAAGUUAGAUGAAAUCGAAAAAGUUUUGGUAUAGAAGUGUUUAUUAUUGGAGCUAACGGAGACGAAUCUGUUUAAAUAACACUCAUGAAUUGUGAGUACAAAAUGAAAAUUACAAUAUCUGACAUUUCCUUCUUACACAUCGAUACAUUACAGCCAACAUCAUCGUGCUCUAUUGUAAAAUAUAUAUCUUCAAAAGAUCGAACUUGAAACAUGUCUGUAGCGUUGGUGGAAGAGUAUUUAUUGACAUAUCGUCAAGGUUCCUAAAGUCUAAUUUAACAGCUCUUAUUAUAAUGAGUAAGAAUUCGAUUAAUGCUAUUCUUUUAGUUUGUCAUAUGAUGAAUAUAGUUUUAAUUAUUUAUAUUAAAAGGUACAUGCGAAAAUAAAGAUGUUCAGUAUAUUUAAAUCAAUGAGUUGUCUGUAGCUGUAUGGGCAAAGCGAAAUGAUGACUGAAUAGAUAUAGGUAACGACACUUGUAUCAUACAGUGUUCAAUGCUGUCAUGAAUAACACAAAUACAAAACAUUUUAUUGCUAUAUGAUCUGUAAAUAAUAACAUUUGUAUUAUCUUGUUCAAUUUUCUUUCUUUAUUAAUAUGAAAUGAUAUUAAAACAAAUGUUGAAAUAUAUUCUCAACUUGCCACAUAAAAGGGUGUGAGACAAUGUCAUCUUCUUGUCUUCUGCAUCGAAUAGAAGAAGCAGAAAUAUGAUUGAAAUUCGAGUAAAAAGUAAAAUCGACUAGAAUCUAAAAUAAAAAAAAGAAAUUAUUGGAAAAAAGUUCGUAAAAAAAAUUUGACAAAGAUUAAUGGAAUACCUUUCUUGAGUUUAUCUAUUUCUAAUGUGAUAAUAUUAUUCAUAAUAAUGGCUCUGUUUCAAUAAAGAUUUUCAGUUUUUAUUUUAUUUUGCAAAGAUUUUUGUAAUUUUUGAGAAAAUAAAGAUUUAGCAUGUUGGCUACCGCUUCAACACUUAAUAUAACACCACAAAUCACUGAUAUCAUAACUCAUCAAGGAUAUGUUUAUGUUGAAUUUAACUUAAAUAUCAUCAGACUGAUUAAUAAACUAAACCUUUAAUAAAACAA